CUGCAGACGAUCGUGAAGCUGGAAUGGCCGGCUACGGGGAAGCUAUGGAUGACUCGGCUGAGUAUGCUGUUGGACCUGAAGUCUCUGAUGACGGGACGAACUCGUGGGAAACCGUUGAUUAUAGCGAUAGCCCCGUGCGAGAUUCCGAAUCCUGGAUUGAAACGGUUGAGCGAGAUGACGAAUAUGAGGCGGAAUAUGGUAACUAUUAUGAGGAGGAAAGUGAGAAGCUCUUCAGCAACGAUCCUGGAAGCCAGGUGGAUAUUGAUGACGGCGGCGUCUUCCUUCCUAUGAGCAUGUUUGACUAUCCUGAAGAAGAGGUUCAGUUUAGCGACCACGGAUAUACUGAGGACCAACAGGAAGAUACCGAAGAAACAUACGAGCUUGACAUGGUUACCACACAGUACGGGCAAAUGGGUGCAAACAAUCCUGCCGUCAAACACGAUACCCCAAUGCAGACCACAAUAGAGAACAAAGAAGGCCCCUGGGGAUCUGAAACCUGCAGUGAAUGUGAUCAACCUGUGUGGGAAAACGCGUCAACCUCCAACAUGAUCAACGCAGAAUCUACCAGUUCCAAACCCCCAGCUGCUUCUGUGGCCGGCCCAGACGCGCAGGAUACUGGGGCCACUGAGCCUGCCUGCAUCUUUGAAACCACGAAACCUUUGACACUAGAAGAUAUGGCUGGCAGCUGGUGGGAUGAGGUCCUAGAGGCUAUGGAAAUAGGGUUUAAAGAGGCAGAAGCGGUGUUUCAAAAGGCAGCAAGUGCAGGAUUCAAAGACAUCGAAGUCAGCCCGGCUCUGGCUAAGGCAAAGAGUGUCCCGAGAAAAAGACGGCCCAAGAAGCCAGAGAAACCACGGACAGGGCCAGCUAACCGCAACCCCGACUGCACCGACCCAGAGAAGGACUUCUUUGAUGUGUGUUGGAGCAUCCUCAACGAGACAGGCCUGGUGGGAGAGUAUAUGAGGGACAGAAUGCUGGUGAGUGUCUCGUCUCAGAACUGACCCGAAGCAUAAUGAGUACUGACGUGCUCGUUAUCAUAGCGGCGAACCUACCAUAACGCCCAUACCAAAUGGCAUCCCAGAGGGAAAGAAAACCACGGAAGGGCGAGAAAGCGUGAAUGUUAUCUCUGCUGUGGCUGUCAGAAGCCCAUCAAAUGAGAGGAUUCAGAACUGUGACACUGCUCUCUCCUUCCGACAUGUUUCGCUUGGAUUGUUCUUGAUUAUCAUGACUGCUAACGAUACAUAAUCACCCUCCUCUGUUAGAUUUAACCGGUGUCUCAAUUCUAUGUUGUAUCUCUUCUGUGAAACGAG